AUGUCACCUGUGCCAACUCAGUACCUUUUGCUCAUCUCAGCCUGGACGACGACAUCCAUCGACUUGAUUUUUGCGGCGCAUGUUUACGCGCGUGCAAUUGGAUUCUGUCGUAUCUUCCCCCAACCCAUCCCUUCACCUAUGAGGGCCCAAUUGAGACGAACCAUAUGCUCUCAUAGCCCGUCUGUCCGUUCAUCCCAAUCACUGACACGCCACAUUCAGUUGCGGUCAUCUGUCCUUUCCUCCAGCUUACUGAGGCUUCCCCUUAACAAGCCACGAGCAACCCCUACCCUGACCAGGAGUCUUGCAACUGCGAGAUAUCUUACAAGCCCAAGGAUACGGCCAACUACUCUCAAGACUCUCGACUGCCAAACAGUUGUCGCCAAAAGGUCCCACAUAACCGCCUCCGGUGCCGCUGGCUUCAGUUCAAGUGGCAACCCUCCGCUUCAAGCCAAUCUACUUCACUCUGUUGUUAUAGCUGCAGCAGUCAUUGCAACUGCCGUCGCUGUAUCAGCUUGGACUGUGGGAAGCUCCAAUAACCCGCCACCACCUGGAGAUAUCGAAGAAGAGAUCGCAAUUAUGUCUUUCCAAGUCCCUCCUGGACGCCCAGGAAACCUGACCCCCGAGCAAGAGGAAAAGCUUCGUAAACUAUGGGUCGCGGUUUUCCAACUUACCGGCGUUGCCGACGAGGAGAGUUCGGGCGCCGAAAUUCUGUCGCCCAAGGAAGAGAUAAGCUCGGCUGAUGCUGAUCAGAAGAAGAAGCGGGGGUUCGGUAUGUUCAAGAAGGGCAAAUCUGGUACUUCGACACCAACUGAGUCUGCCGAUGAGGACAAAUACAACGAAACAAAGCAAUUCCACGAGACACUUGCCAAGGAGACACCCGAAACUAUCCGCCACACUAUAUGGAGUAUGGUCAAGCAUGAUCACCCUGAUGCCCUGGUUUUGCGCUUUCUCCGCGCACGAAAGUGGGACGUUGAGAAGGCCCUUGUCAUGUUGGUCGCUACUAUGAAUUGGAGACACAAUGACAUGAAAGUUGAUGACGAUAUCAUGAAGAACGGCGAUGCUUUUGCGGUUGAGGAUGAGAAGACCGACUCCGCGACCAAGCAAGUUAGCGCUGACAUGAUGAAGCAACUUCGGAUGGGCAAGAGUUUCCUACACGGCACUGACAAGCAAGGUCGGCCUAUCUGCGUUGUUCGAGUUCGCCUUCAUAAGGCUGGCCAAGAGUGUGAAGAGAGUUUGGAGAAGUACACCGUAUACAUCAUUGAGACAGCUCGCAUGACACUCGAGCCUCCUGUCGAUACCGCUUGUAUAGUGUUUGAUAUGACGGGCUUCUCAAUGGCCAAUAUGGAUUACACUCCUGUUAAGUUCAUGAUCAAGUGUUUCGAGGCCAACUAUCCGGAGUCUCUUGGUGCCGUUCUGGUACACAAGGCUCCUUGGUUAUUCCAAGGCAUUUGGAAGGUCAUUCGUGGCUGGCUCGAUCCUGUCGUGGCGGCCAAGGUUCACUUCACCAACAACCGAUCCGAGCUUGAGGACUUUAUUGCACCCAACCACCUGAUCAAAGAGCUCGAGGGCGACGAGAACUGGGCCUACAAGUACGUAGAGCCCAGCCCUGGCGAGAACGACAAGAUGAAGGACACGCAAACGCGGGAUCGCCUCCUGGUCGAGCGUGAAGAGUUGGUCAAGAAGUUUGAACAAGCGACUCGAGAAUGGAUUCGUCACCCUGAGGGCGAACAAGGGAAGCAGAUCAAGUCUGAGCGCGAGAAGAUUGCCAAAUUACUAAAAGAGGACUACUGGCAUCUUGACCCGUACAUCCGAGCGCGAACACUGUACGACAGACAGGGAGCGAUCCAGAGCGGUGGCAAAACCGACUGGUACUCACUCAAGCCCCCAACUGCUGCGGCCAGCACUUCUGCCGAUGACUUAGAUUAG